AUGAGCCUCGCGUUUGCGGUGGGCCAGCCGACACUCACUCAGAGGACGGGGCCGCUCGAUGCCAGAACCACAGGUCCGGCGCAGCGGACUGAGAGAUUGACCGACGCUUCAGGACGGGGAUGGCAGUCCCUGGGAGCUGCGGUGGCCCUUGCCGCUGCGGCUGGUUCGAAGGUUGCUCGACGAUCUCGCGGCACGAGUCGGAUAACUCUCUUCGCCGACCGGCGGGUGGUGGUGACAGGCAUGGGUAUCACGAGCUGCCUUGGGAACAGCUUAGACGAGGUGGCCGAGUCGCUUCACGAGGGAAAGUCCGGGAUCACCUUCUCCGAGGAGUAUGAGAAGUAUGGCAUCAAGAGCCAGGUCCGUGGCGUGCCGGAGUUGACGACGGAAGAGAUCAAGAAGCUGAUCCCGAGAAAAGCCCUGCGAUUCAUGGGCCGCAACGCGCAGUAUGCAUACAUCGCCCUGCAGCGUGCCAUCGACGAUGCAGGGCUGAAGCCAGAGGACUAUGAAAACAAUGAGCGCUGUGCCAGCAUCCUAGGCCAGGGUGGCACCUCCAUCGUGGAUGUCACGGAGAGUGUCGGCUUCGUGGAAGACCAAGUGAAGCGCUGGCCCAGCAAGGUGGGGCCCUACCGCGUUACUCGCACCAUGGGCUCCACAGUUUCCGCGGUCCUCUCCUCCAGCUUCAAGUUGCAGGGCCCAUCCUUCUCCAUCUCCUCCGCAUGCUCUACCGGGGCCCACUGCAUCGGCGUGGCGAUGGAGCAGAUCCAGUUGAACAAGGCUGACAUGGCAAUGGCUGGUGCAGGUGAGAAUGAAUGUUGGGAGUUCACGGCGAUGUUCGACUGCAUGGGGGCGCUGUCGACCAAGCGAAACUCCGAUCCGACGACGGCCUCGAGAGCCUUUGACAAAGAUCGCGAUGGCUUCGUCAUUGCCGGAGGCGGUGGCAUGCUGGUCCUUGAGGAGCUGGAGCAUGCAAAGGCUCGCGGUGCGAAGAUCUAUGCGGAGCUGACUGGCUACGGGGCCAACUCCGACGGCUACGAUGUGGUGGCCCCGUCAGGUGUCGGUGGUGAGCGAUGCAUGAAGAUCGCCAUGUCCAUGGCCGAUGACAUUGCCGGUGAGAAAGAAGUCGGUUACGUGAACACGCACGGCACGUCUACCCCGGUCGGUGAUGUACAGGAGCUGGGUGCCGUGAAUCGCGUCUUUACCGAGAAAGGAUAUCAGCCCUUCGUCGGCUCCACGAAGUCCAUGUCCGGCCAUGCCCUUGGGGCAGCAGGGGUGCAUGAGGCGAUCUACUCGAUCCUGAUGAUGAACCGGGAGUUUUUGGCGGAGUCCAUCAACAUCGAGGACCUGGUUGAUGAGGCAGAGGGCAUGAAGAUCCUCACGGAGCGCCACGAGGGCGGCGUUGCCCGAGUGGCGUCCAACUCCUUCGGCUUCGGCGGCACAAACGCCUGCCUCGUCUUCGACAAGUAUGAGGGAUGA